AUGCCUGAAAAAUUCAACGCCAAGAACCUGUCCUACGCGUCCAAGCCGCCUCCCUUCCUGGCCGCGCUCCAGGCGCAGGCAGCCGGGCACAAGGGUCCGGAUCCCAUCGCCGCCGCUCGUCGCCGUCCCGCCGGCAAGAAGCGCUCUAGCAGCGAGGAGGCCGAGGAUGUGCCGUUGGUGGUGGACGAGCACGGCAAUGCACUCGCACUCGAGGUGGACAAGGACGGCGUGGUCGCCGCCGGGCAGCACGACGCCGACCCGACGCGGGGCGAUGGCGGGGAUGCGGGGGAGAAGGAGAAGGGAAACAAGGACGGGGGGGCGGCAAAUGCGAAAAUGACGAUUGGUGGGAGAAAGCGGAAGGUCGGCAAGAUUGUGGGCGAGGAAGCGGAGGAUGGGAAGGAGAAUGGCAAGGAGAAUGGCAAUGGGUUGAAGAGCGACAAGGGAGAUGACAAGGACAAGACGGGGGCGAAGAAGUUAAAGAAGAAGGCGAAGGUGAUCAAGCUCAGUUUUGACGAGGAUUGA